AGAAUGGUAUUUGAAUAUAAUUAACUUACGUAUUUGAACAUGUUGAGUGUGUGUUUUAGCUUAGCUGGCUGCGUCUUCUCGAACUUGAGUUGAAAACUGUCUGAUGUCACUUUGCGAAUCGUCGACAACUUUUAUACCCAACUGCGGCGCAUUCAACUUGGUGCGAAACAAGUGUUUUGGUUUUUCUAUUUUUCAAGUUCAACGCAGUUGCCCUCCAAAGACUGCAUUUUGAAUAUAAAUAUUUUGUUAAAGUAAAAAUACCAAGCAUUUGGACAAUCUUCAUUGCAAUUCAAUGCCACAGUUUUGGUUUUCUUUUAUUUGUUGUUUGGGUUUUGCAUUACAUUUUUGAACCAAAUUAAAAUGUAUGCGCGCACUCCGCUGUAAAUUACCCGAAAUAGUGUUGUGCGCAAGUGCGAAGCGCCGAGGAAUGCCCACCGAAUUUGCUGCUUAACAGUGUACACGUACAUACAUAUACAUUAGAGUGCUUGAUCAAGUUGAAGUUUGUUUGACUAGAUAUGAGUCACCUCCAAUAUUAAUAUUAGGCUGCGCUUUUACAUAGAUUCGGGGCAAAGUCGUUUUCUUAUGGUAUAAAAGUUAAAUUAAAUUGGAACUAUUUACUAAACCAUAAUUGCAUUUCCUUCAAGCAACAGUUAAGCAAUCCAAAUAAAAUGUUCAAAUUCACUGUUCUUCUCUUCGUGCUCAUUGCCUGCGUUGCAGCCAAUCCCGAUAUCAUCGCUAACGCUCCCUUGACUUACGCUGCUCCCACCGCUGUUGUUGCCGCUCCAGCCCCCGUUGUGACCGCCACCAGCAGCCAUGUAAUCGCUCGCAACUACAAUGGCAUCGCCGCCGCCCCCGUUGUUGCCCGAUAUGCUGGCGCUGCUCAUUUGCCGGUAUCUUUGACUUCCCCACACUAUGUAGCUCCGUUUGCUGCUGCCUCUUUCUUCUGGUGAAAUGUAUUAUGAUCCCAAUUAUGGGGUGUACCUUUGUGAUGUCAAUCGAAAUAAAAUA